GCUACCAUACUGCCGCAAAGCAGUUCGGUGUUGUGGCUUUGGUGUAGGAGCGGAGCCGAUGGUAAACAGUGAUGAUUUGACAAAAGGAAUCUGUUAAAAUCGAGUAAUUUGUGUUUCGUUGACGCGGUUUGGUAAAAAGUAAAGUGUUUUAAAAAAUGGCGGAGAAAUUCGACAACCUCGAGGAGCAUCUGGAGAAAUUUGUCGAGAACAUUCGGCAGUUGGGAAUCAUCGUCAGCGACUUCCAGCCGAGCAGCCAAACAGGACUCAACCAAAAACUAAACUUCAUGAUCUCCGGCCUGCAGGACAUCGAGAAGUGCCGCCAGCAGCUCCAUGAGAUCAACGUGCCUCUGGAGGCCUUUGAAUAUAUUGACCAAGGUCGAAACCCUCAGCUGUACACCAAGGAGUGUUUGGAGAGAGCCUUGGCAAAAAACGAGCAAGUCAAAGGGAAGAUUGAUACCAUGACGAAAUUCAAGAGUCUUCUAAUCUCCGAGCUGAGCAAAGUAUUUCCAGAGGAGAUGGCCAAGUACAAGGCUAUACAUGGAGAUGACCCCCCCUCCUAGUGCCUGCUGUACCACGACCCCAAACCUUCAACCUCUGACCCCUGACAUGAAAGCCUGAAUGGAGUUUUACCAAGCAGGAUCCACUGUGGCUGCCAGCAGAAAACGAUGAUAAACCAACAUUAUUUCUUGUACGUUUUGUUAAGUUGUGGCUGCUGCUGAAUAAUGUCCCAAGGGAGAGGCUUGUGUUUCAGCUCAGCAGCCUGACUCAGCUAAUCCUCUUUUGCCCUCUUUUUUUAGUUCACUUAUUAAUUAUAAGUUGCUCAGGUGGUUCAGAUGGAAGUGUAUUCAGUUUGGUUUUGGAGCGGAAGCUCUUACACACCCUUUGGCUCUCCAUUAUCACAGGUAGUUAGCAACAUUAUAAGGGGGAGGAUUGAAUAUUUUCUGCAGUGGGAUAUGAAAAUGUCAGGAGUGACACUCAUGUUUAAUUGCCGUGUUGAUGUCAUUUCUGAAAAUACUUAGCAGCAGAAUGUUUCUUCAACUCACAGCCGUACGGUGUGAAAAGAGUUGCAAGACGCCUUGCUGCUUCUGCAUUGAAAAGCCGACUCCACCACUUGUUUGUACAUAUAUUUAUACUCUUACACCAUACCUUUUAUAAUGCCUCAUAAUCAUCGUGCAACUUAGCGGGUUUGCACUGCAAUUCAUAACAUUUUGUAUCAAGCUCAGGUUUCUAAUGGCCAUGAUAAGUGAAUGCAAAUGCUAUUUCGUGGAAAUUUUGUGCCUGACCACCCCACAUGGUCAGAAACUAGUCCAGUUCUUGUUUGUUACUUGUUUGUAUUAUAAUUUUUUGUUAAUAAACAAUCCCCUUGUUGGACUGAUA